AUGUCAUUCAACAGUGAUAACAAUCGUUUGAGCCAACCAGAAGGGCGCACGUCGCCAUCCGACACCGCGUAUGCCCCCAGGAGAGCGUCCAAAUUGUCCCAUGCGUCCAAAUUGUCUCAUGCGUCCAAUCUAGAAUUCUCGGACCAAAGCGUUAUCAGAGGUCACUUCGUCCCUCACAUCUGGAACCAGGACUUCCAGUAUCAGAACACUCUUGCUCCUCCUUUAACCUCGGCCAACCUGCCGACUUCUGGAUAUCACAGCAAUGCCGAUUUCAAUUCUUCAGCUUUGGUAUUCGACAGUUACAAUUUCCCUAGUUCUAACGCUACAAUCGGGGAUAGUAAUGCCACCCUUCAGCUGGACGACUUUAGUUGGCCCAACUUCGCGUCAAACCCCACUACCACUUAUGGAAUGAAUAGCUUCGGAAGAGCCGACGAUCAGCCUGAUGUCGCGGCCUCCGCUAACCUCUUCGCUCCCGCUGUCAGUGGCAUCGUCACAGCUAACGCCAAUACCAACCGCCUUAAAUGCAAUUACAUAGGCUGCGAUGCAACUUUCGCCCGCGCGGGUGAUCUCCGCCGCCAUUACAAAAAACAUCUCACCCCCGAAUACCCUUGCCUUGUCAACAACUGUGGCCGCAGGGGAAACAGAGCAUUCUAUCGUCUUGACAAACUUCGUGAUCACCAGCGGAUGAAGCAUAGAAUGAUGGUUUAG